AUGAAGCUCUUUAUUUUCAUCGCCAUGGCGUGCCUUUUCGUCAACGCAGCCUUUGCGAUGCCACCCCGGAGAACAACCGCUUUUCCAUCACUCGUCCAGCCUUACCAAGGCGCGUACCACCUGCAGCUUCUACCUGAUGCUGCCCUCAACCAGCAGCACGCCAAUUAUCUCUAUUCACACAUAUAUUACGGCUAUGGACUUCCCAACUCCGGCGUCACGCCCUCGACCGGAGCGCCCACCGUGACUGCUGAGCACAUGCAAGAGGGGUUCAACACGAAUCGCGACGCUCCCCGUUUCGUUUAUUUGGGCACGAACAUCGAAGGUGACAUGAUGCUUGCUGCACGAAUGUCUCCUCGACCUCAUGCGGACGGCUCCUACAUUUUCGCUCUUCUUACCGCCAGACACAGGAACGUUGGUGCCCCGCAGAUGGUGGUGCAUGGGUUUGCGAAGGUGGGUCAAGGCACAAGCGUGCUGCAAGCCAUGGACGAGAACAAAUUUGUCCCUAGAUCGGCUUAUGAUGUUCCUACUAUUGGCGACUCAAUGAGCAUCCAGAAGAUCUUCGACAGACUCACACUGGUGAGAAACGCCCGUCCAGGUGGCAUCUGA